UUCGAAGUCGCUCGGUAUUUAAGCGCCUAGACACAAUCCCACCCUAACCAGGAGAUCAUCAAGGGUGAAAUACGCGCUUGCGCACCGGGCCACUUGGCUACGGGCCGGGCACCUAAUCAACGAAUUCAGAGUAGGUCUGAAUUCGUUGCCCUAAUGGUCUUUGCUACCCUCACUCCCUGUGAGGAUGUGGUGAUAAAGUAAACAAUUACGGAAGAAAUAAUGUGAAGUUCUUAUAAUAGAUAAAUUUCGAGUAAAUUCUCGAUUCCUUUAUCUCGCCAAGACCGACCCAUUACUUAAAACACCGAAUCUCUCACGACAGUGAAUUCCCGCCAAAAAACUAUUUUCAAGGAAUUACGAUCACACAAGAAUCGACUUCAGCAUUUAAAUAACAUAAGGCCCGUGUCAAGAUUGCUAAAAAAAAUGCAUAACUGAUGAUGAUAAAGGUCGCUAGGAGAUUUUAGGAGGUAAAAAUGAGUAGGAUCGAUGGAAGUGGAUAUCUUACAUGCAUUCAUCUCGAGGGAAACGGUGGAAGGAUAGGUCUGGUCGUUUCUUUUUGGAGUUUGUGCAUCCUUUAUAGGCACACAAAUUCAGCGGCAUGUCUGUAGGAGUGUAAGGAGAAAUAGGAGUGAUAGGAAAAGAAACUGAUAAUUUGUUCAAAAUUAGUAAAAAGUACGUAGAACUUGGCAGAACCAACGCCGAUUUAUCCAGAACAAUGUUCCCGCCAAGCGUAAUAAAAUUGCACACGGCCCUCUCCGCAAAACGCGAUGACAAAACAAUCUCGCGCUCACGUGGGUCAGUAAGACGGAUAUACAGAGCGGACAACGUGAAAUAGGGUCGUCCACGAAUUUUUUUUUAUUGGUUUAAAUCGAAGUUCAGGUAUCAAAACACUCAGAAAAAAAUAUAUCAGAUCAAAAAAUCAAAUUGAUACGUUAAUUCAAGCAUUAAAAUUCUGAAACUGUUUGAAACGGCCCUACAUCGUGCGCCAUUACGCGGUUCACCGCGUGACGUCAUAAACUAGUAAACAACAGCAUCGACCCCAUGAAGGCUAUAGUGAAAAAUGAGUGAAAAUAAAGAAAUCGCCCGAAACCGCAUUUAUAAGUGUUGUUUUGUGCCGCUCUGCAAGAAUACCAGUAUAUCAGCGAGUUCUAAAAUAUUUGUCCAUGUACCGAAAGGUGAUAUGAGGAAGAAUUGGUUUCAGUUGGCAAGGCGAGACGACCUAACCUCUCUUCACACCACUUUAUAUUGUUGUGAAGACCACUUUGAUUUACAGGAAUGUUUGGAAAAUUACAGAAGAGUUCUGGAAGACAGAACUGCUUCAGUGAGAUUAAAAAAAGGUGCGGUACCUCACAAAUUUGAUUGUCAACCAGGUAGACAUCAAGCUUUCUCUGAACCUCUAAGACCCGCAGUACUAAAGCGACAGAAGAGAGAAGUUCUCAGAGAAAUAGAAGCAGAAGUACUUUCACAGAAAGAAAAUAUCGAUGCACCAGGAUCAGCUGAAGGCUCCAUUGAAGGCUCUACUCCAAAAGGUCACAGUCACGAAUCCUUGCCUGAAGAGGAUCUGGAAGAGAUUGAUGCAGAUGAAGCAUUCACAUAUGUGUUUGCAAACCCUGCUCACCCUUCUUCGGAACACACAAAGAUUACCCUUCUUCCGACACAAAAAGAUUUUUCUGUGCAAGUGUCUAUACGACCUAAGUACCGGAGUAAGGCUUCGAGCUGCGUACCGAAAACCAAAGAUGCAGGUUGUUCGCCUGUUAAAUUCAAAACACCUGUGAAACUUCAGAAAAAGCAAGAAGAGUCGCUUACGACGUCCAGUAGUACUGCAUGUAAUCUGGAUGAUACAUUGGAAAACUGCACCGAAUACCUGCCUUCCGAUGAAACGAGUGAAGAAGCAGCGAGGCAAAAUGAUUCUGUGCGAACACAAGAAAUCCUAAAAAUGAAACUACUCAUCAUUGCUAGUAAACCAAAAAUGUAUCUUGGAAUUCCAGAUGAUGGCUUUUUCAUUAUUGAAGUACUGCGCAACGCAAUGAGAGUGAAAACUGAGGACAUAUGUUUGACACUUUCCAAAAUCAAACUGAAUGACACAUUUGCGAGACUUGGUGAUGAAUUUGGUAUCAGUAGUAGCAGUGCUAACUCAAUAUUCAGACGGACCAUUCCUUUGCUGGCACACUUUCUCAAAACAUUGAUAGUUUGGCCUUCGGUGGCUUCAAUAAAGUCAAAUUUACCCUUGCCAUUCCGGGCCAGAUAUAGUAAUGUCCAAUCUAUAAUAGAUUGUUUUGAGAUCGAAAUCCAAAAACCCAGCAAUGCAAUUCACCAGAGCGUAACAUGGUCUGAGUACAAGAAAUGCAAUACUCUGAAAUAUUUAUUGUCUUCAACGCCAGAUGGAACGAUCAACUUUGUAUCUCAGGGUUUCGGAGGAAGGACAACAGAUGCUGUCAUUGUACAAGAAAGCCAAUACCUUGAUGAGCUUCCAGCAAACUGUGCAGUUAUGGCUGAUCGAGGUUUCAAGCAUAUUGAACCACAUUCACAGAAGAAUGGAUGCACUUUGAUCCGGCCACCAAGUGUUGCAAGUUCUGUGAAACCAACUAAAGCUGAAGUUAUGGAAACUAAGCGUAUCGCCAGCCUACGAAUUCAUAUCGAAAGAGUCAUCCGAAGAAUUCGAGAAUUUGCCAUACUAAAACCUCAUGCUGGAAUUCAUCAUCUAACCUUAGAUAUCAUGGAUGAAAUUGUUAUCAAUUGUUGCAGGGUUAGUAAAUUUACAAAAACCCAUUAUUAACCAAUAAUAAUACUGUAUAUUAUACUUAUAAAAGAUAUAGACUUAUUAAAUAUGUUAUAUAUAAUGUCUCAAUUUUUGUUUCAAUUAUUGUCUUCAGCCUAGC